AUGCUGCUGCUUCUGCCAAAGGAAGAGUUGGAAGAUGAAGCUUCACCUAUAACAGCUUCCAUAAAAUGUAGGGGCUCAAGGGAGAGUUCUACAACUAUUCAGGAUGUGGAAACACCUUCAACUGCAACCAUCCUAUUAUAUUGGGUAACAAAGAUGCAUGUCGAUGGAUUUCGGUUUGAUCCCGCCUCUAUCAUGACAAGAGGCAGCAGCCUUUUUGAUGCAAUAAAUCUGGUGGAAGCAUCUGAUAAUCCUGAAACACAAGCUGAAUAUGAAAAAGAAAUAUCUCCAGACUGGUGGGGUAACAAAUUUGGAUUUGUGUCUGGAGGAUUACUUGGAGCACAAUCCAAGAGAAAGAAGUCUAACAGCACAUCGAAAAUCACUCAAAAUAGUAACAAAAGGACUGCAUUUUAUGAAGAGGAUCAAGAGAAUCUUUACAAACUUGUACAAGAUAAAGCAACUUCUGGAAAACAGGGACUUGGUAUAAAGGAUCGCCCAAGGAAAAUAGCAGGGGUUCGCUUUCAAGGGACAAAAACGUCUUUUAGCGACAGUGAGAGGGAGGAGUCUGAGUCGGAAGAUGAUCAUUCUUUAAAAAAACAAAAAAUUGAUGAUGUGUCGGAAUCAAAAGUGAAGCUAAAGAAACUCUGUAGAAAGCUUCUUAGCCAGGUACCUGAGAAAUCAUUGAAGCUUAAAAAACUCAAAGCUCUAAUCGAUGAAAACUCUUCAAUUUUUUCCAAUUUCUCUUCAAAGAAGGAUUCUCUUGAAUUUUUGAGACAGAAGCUUGAAUGCAGUGAAAAGUUUAUUGUGGAAGGGAAGAGAGUUAGUCUCUCAUCAAAAUGAGAACAAAUCUUUUUGGAGAAUUUCAAAGUGUAGAGUUUGCUAAGGCUUGUAAUCCUAUCGAGUUACACAAUUGGAUUUGUUAGCAGGUAAUUAAUAUUAUUAUUCUUAAGAGAAUAUAGAUUUGAAAAUUUUGAACACAUCCAUUUAGGGAAUUUUAAUGUGUCUUAUUUUAUUAUUAACAGUUGUACCCUUUGUCAUACUUGACUUAAAUUAUGGAAAUAGAAACUUUCGGGAAAUAGAAACUUUGAAGGGCGUGUUCACCCACUAACAAGAGCCAACUACCUGGCUUCACCUCCCUUGGUUGUAGCUUACGCACUUGUCGGCACGUGAUGGAGUCGCGGAUUGGCUCCGGAAUCAGCAGCAGCACAAACAGAGAAGGAAAAAGAUAGAAGUUUUUGAGGAUGUUGCUGAUGAAAAAGAUAGAAGUUCUUUAGGAUGCUGCUAAUGAAGUUUAUGCGGAGAAGGAAAAAGAUAGAAGUUGUUGGCACAUAGUAAGCUAAAUAAUGCAAUUGUAUAUAAAUGAGUUCAUUUUUUUAUAACAUUUACUCACUAUUGGAAUAAUUAUUUGUAUUUGACAUAUUAGUGAAAUGAAUUAUCUUUGUUA